AAUCCAAACCCACAUCCUCAGUGACACAUAACUAAACUCUAACUCUCAUUUUACUCCCAGAGAUUAGUGAGACAACAGAAUGGCUUCUACUCAAUGCUUCUUGCACCACCAUGCCCUUACCAGUACCACCCCUGCCAGAUCCCCUUCACCACGCAUCAUGGUCAACACCAAGCCUAACCACCUUGUCUGCAAGGCCCACAAGCAGUCAACGGCCCAAGAGGAUGAUCUCGGCCCAAUCUCUCGCCGCUUGGCUCUAACUGUGCUCAUUGGUGCUGCUGCUGUUGCCUCCAAAGUCUCACCUGCAGAUGCUGCUUAUGGGGAGGCUGCCAAUGUGUUUGGAAAGCCGAAGACUAACACAGACUUCCUACCAUACAAUGGAGAUGGGUUCAAACUAUCGAUUCCCUCAAAGUGGAACCCAAGCAAAGAGGUUGAGUACGCAGGUCAGGUUCUUAGAUUUGAGGAUAACUUUGAUUCAACCAGCAAUGUCGUUGUAACAGUGAAUCCAACUGAUAAGAAGUCCAUUACUGACUACGGUUCACCCGAAGAGUUCCUCUCUAAGGUGGAUUACUUGCUAGGAAAACAGGCCUUCUUUGGCGAAACUCAAGCCGAGGGUGGUUUUGAUGCAAAUGCGGUGGCCACAGCCAACAUCUUGGAGACUGCAACACCAGUGAUUGAUGGAAAACAGUACUAUGUUUUGUCUGUGUUGACAAGGACUGCUGAUGGAGAUGAAGGUGGCAAGCACCAACUAAUUAGAGCAACUGUAAAAGAUGGAAAACUUUUCAUUUGCAAGGCUCAAGCUGGAGACAAGAGGUGGUUUAAGGGAGCAAGAAGAUUUGUGGAGAGCACUGCAAGUUCUUUCAGUGUUGCUUAAAAACUUCAAUAGCAGGUUAUAUGUGCUAUGUGUAAAUCAACUUCAGUGCUAUCUGUGUUUUGAGUAUUCUAACCACCCUUUUGUGCACGAGUUUCAUAAUUUAAGGGACAUGGUUGGAUUAAGUAUCUGAAUACUUAAUAUUCCUGGCUUUGUAAAGACAGCCACGCAUCUCCUUUUCUUUCUCUGGUUAAGCUUUUUAAGUUGCCUUCACUAAGCUGCUACAAGCCAUUUAUGGGCAUUAUGCUUGAUAGAGGGCUCAAGGAGUGUGUAUGUUCAUAAGAUGGCUUAACUUUUAUUGAAGAAAAUUAUCUCAA